AUGGCAGCCGAGAACCAGGAGGAGGAGGAAGACCCUUACUGCGGCGUCGUCUCGAAGGAGGAGCUGGCCAGAAUAGACGCGCAGGCCAACCCUUUCAACUUCAGCGAGCGCGUGUCACAGACGGCGCAUUUCGCCCUGAAGCAAAUAGCGAUACAGACUGAACCCGCGAACACGAGAAUCUUUUCGGAUAAUGUCGGCUUCUCAGUCAUCUACGACGCCUACAAUAUUGAUUUCGAGAUGAAGCAAUGCCCCGGAAGCACGCCGCCCCCCACGGAAACCCCGAGAAACCCCCGAGAUGUGCCUGAAAUCCGUGACAUUCCUGGCCUGCCGAAUACUUCAAGAAUCGUGGAGCGAAUGAUAACGCAAAAUCUGUACGAUGACAUCACUCAAGAUUUCAAGUACUGGGAGGAUGGAGGCGACGAGUACCACCCACUAGAAGGUUCCUUGUUGCCUCUCUGGAAGUUCAGUCACGAUAAUUCCCGUAAUCUUGUGGUUUCGGAUAUAACGUGGAGUCCAGUUUAUCCUGAUCUCUUCGCCGCUGCGUACACUGUCACGAUAACCUCGCUCCCUCUCAGCAUAGGUCAUAUAAGAUUUACUAAGCGCGGCAGUAUGCUGGCAGCGGGUUGGAGCGACGGGACCGUGGUUGUGUACAACGUAGAAUCCGUAGAUGCAAUAAGAGCAGUUGCUUCCACGGCCAUGAACGGCAAGCACAUUCUUCCCGUGUGUAAGGUGAAGUGGGUACAUACUGACCCUGGCGAAGAUCUCUCCCUCUUCUCUGUGGCAAAAGAUGGUCGCCUCACACAGUGGUACUUCGGCGAUUCUCGGUUAAAAUCCAAAGACAUUUUUAGCUUCACUCAGGACACCAAAAGUGAUAAAAAUUCUCUGGAAGAUCAACAUAUUACUCCAACAUUUCCUAUGUCAGAUGUAGAUUUUUAA